AAACGUUUCUAACAACGUUUAUCUAAUAAAAUUUAUUUUCUAGAUGAGUCUCUUCAGAAUUUGUCGUUUAAUUCAAGAUGUGAGAAAAAACUAUUGUAAAUAUUAUAUAAAUGUGUAUACAAAGAAUUUUAGAAAUAUAAUAAACGAGAAAUUUUCAAGAGUAUAUAGUUCAAAUAUAUAUACAAAUCAAUAUAAAUAUUACUCAUUUAUGAAGCAACGAAAAUGGACUGUUUCUAUUGCAUUUGGAAUAUCAUUAUUAGCAGCAUUACAAUAUAGACAUUUGAAAAACUAUAUAACUCAAGACAGCAAUGUAUAUGAGCCAUUCAAUUUCUUUGCGAUAAAAUGUUAUAAUUUUUUGCCACUUCGAAUAAUAAGUAGAAUAUGGGGUUGGAUAGCCAGUUUGGAAUUACCAGUUAGUUUAAGACCAACUUUAUAUGAAUUUUAUGCAAAAACUUUUGAUGUUAAUUUAAAUGAAAUUGACAUAAAUUUAUCAGAUUUUCCAAGUCUUGUUGAUUUUUUUGUUAGACCACUCAAAUAUGAUGCAAGACCCAUUGAUCAAAAUACAAGUAUAGUUUCACCUGCUGAUGGAAAAGUAUUAUAUUGCGGACCAGUCACUUCAUGUUCUGUACAACAAGUGAAGGGUGUAACUUACAAUCUCAGGCAUUUUUUAGGCGAUAUAAGUAUGCUUGAUUCUGAACAUUAUAAAUUUACAAAAGAAGAUGAUGAUGCUUAUAUAAAAUCCCUUUUAACAAAUCCAAUGAAUCAACUUUAUCAAUUAACAGUUUAUCUUGCUCCAGGAGAUUAUCAUAGAUUUCACAGUGCAACUCAUUGGGAAAUAAAAUUUCGUAGACACUUUCAAGGAAAGCUUUUGAGUGUUAAUCCUAAAGUAGCAAAAUAUUUACCAGAUUUAUUUUCAUUAAACGAACGUGUAAUAUAUAUUGGUAAAUGGGCUGAUGGUUUUAUGGCUUAUAGUGCAGUUGGUGCAACAAAUGUAGGUUCUAUAAAAGUUUACUGCGAUAAAGAUUUAUAUACAAAUGCUAUUAAAUGGCCUGAAAUCGAACACUGGAAAGAUGCUAAUUUAAAUUGUAUAUAUUUAAAAAAAGGAGAAUUGUUUGGUGAAUUUAGAAUGGGAUCUACUAUUAUAUUAUUAUUUGAAGCUUCAAGAGAUUUUAAAUUUUGUGUAAAUGUUGGACAAACAAUAAAAAUGGGUCAAGCUUUAAGUGAAUACAUUCCUGAAAUUGAAAUAAAACAAUAUGAACAUUCAUUAUGACAAUUAAUAAUGCGCGUAGCGCUUGACUGGAAAUAUGUUUGGAGAAUAGAUACCUAAAAUUUAUUCAUUGAUAUAUAUAUGAUAUCCAUUAUUGUUGUACAAAUUUUUAUUUUUUACGAUAUUGUUAUUUUAAAUAAAUUGCAGAGCAAAUAUAGAUGGAA